GCUUCAGACUUUACUUCGCAAGCUGAAAGUAAUAUAAGCGAAAGUGGUAACAAAUAAUACUCUUAAAGCGACAAAAUGGCUCUAGUUCCAAUGAUGUUAGACGAUUUAUUCGAUGUCGUGCCUCAUAGGAAUUGGCUGUUGAAUACUGAUAAUAUGUUGCAGCCCUUUAGAAGGGUGUUAAGUGAGUUGCAACCUUUGGAACAGGACGCAUCUAUCACUAUGGAUAAGGACAAAUUCUUAGCUAACAUCGAUGUUCAACAGUUCAAACCAGAUGAAAUUAGUGUGCGACUGGAAGAUAAUAAUACAGUGGUAGUCGAAGGCAAACACGAAGAGAAGCCCGACGAACAUGGUUUUAUAUCCAGGCACUUUGUGAGAAAGUAUGUGCUGCCCGAAGGCUGUGACGUCAAGAAUAUACAGUCCAAACUAUCCAGUGAUGGAGUCCUGAGUAUUACUGCGCCGAAAAAGCCAGAGGGUAAGAAGAUUGAGAGUAAACAGAUUCCGAUUUCGCUGACGGGACCGAUUAAAAAAAUCCAGAAGAAGAUUAGCAGAAAAAAUCCCAAAGAGAAGAAAUUAUCAAUUGGAAAGGCGUAAAGAGGAGACGGGUCUCGUAUUAAUAAUUAUUAUGUAGUUUUUUAAUAAGCAUUUUUGUAAACUUGUUAUAAAGUUACACAUAUAUGUAUAUUAGAAUUAUGUAUUUAUUAUUUAUUUAAUCUUAUGAUAUAUCCAGUGUUCAUUUGUUAAGAAUGCAUAUUUAUUAAAUUACUUUUUAUUAUUGUAAA